AUGGAAUGGGGCGGUAAACUGAUGUACUUCGAUACUUUGUAUUCCUCAACGAGAAGAGGCAUCCUCAAAGUUGUUUCAAUUGUAAGAAUUCAGCAGGGAACCGAAAUUUCGACAGAAAACCUCUGAUAAAACUGAAAUUUUUAGGCUUUAUGCUUCCUGAGUAUUGUUCUGGUAUGUUCAAGUCAACCAGUAGCUGAUGAACGUGGUUUGGCCCUGGCGAUCUGCUUCUUCGCUAUCGUCGGCUCUUUUGCCAUUCUUCUGGAGCACACCUUUAUGCUCAACACUAAGAUUUCUUCCACUUUAGGCUUCGUCUUGGUUAGUCUAACUCGAAUCAUCGAGCAAAUCGGAAAUUCUGAAAACUUAGGAAGCCUCGUUCUAUGUUAUUGCCGCGGUCGGACUUCUUGUUUCUGCUAUAUUGAUGGCAGUUUUCUGUGCCAGCCACUGGGCCGAUAUAAAUCCGAUCUGGGCAACCAUGCCGGCUCUCGCUGCGGUGAGUUCUAAUUUUAUUUUUAUUUUUUUGAUUAUUUCAGUGUUACAAUAAUUAUUCAACUUCUAGGCAUCACUUCUCGCUUCUGCGGCGGUCUACGUCGCCGAAAUAAUUUUCUUCGUUUCCUACUUCCGAAGAUACUCCUGGCACCCGCCGACGGCCUUCGAACAGUCAAAUCAAUCAACCGUUCUACCUCAGUAA